GAUGUGUAUCGAUUCUGACGAAAAUACCCUUGACCAACUUCAAAAAAGACCAACUAAACGUAUUCACAUCUUCAGAACGAAUCUCUCAUCGUCACGUAGGACAGACAGUCUCCAUUCCAUCUCUUCGACUCCUGCCGUGCUUCUCAUCAGUGACUGAGCGAAAAAUGGAGAAGAACUUGGAGGAUUUGAGAAUUGUGGGGGAGCAAUGGUGGAAUCAAGGAACUGAAUUUGUUCAACAGAUACCACAGGAUCAGCUUUAUGCUGCUGUUGGUGUUCUGUUAUUAACUACCAUCUUCUUGCUCUUUUUCUUCUCUAUUCGCUUGUUCAGACGUACGAAGGCCAAUACUGUACUCCUCUCUGGCCUAAGCGGAAGUGGCAAAACCGUUCUCUUCUAUCAACUCCGAGAUGGAUCUUCUCAUCAGGGUUCUGUGACGUCAAUGGAACCUAACGAAGGCACCUUUGUGCUCCACACUGAAAACACUAAUAAAACGAAGCCCGUUCAUCUUGUUGAUGUUCCUGGGCACUCUCGGCUUAGAUCUAAGCUAGAAGAGUACUUGCCACGAGCAGCCGCUAUUGUGUUUGUAGUAGAUGCACUUGAGUUCCUCCCUAAUUGUCGUGCAGCUUCAGAGUACCUCUACGACAUUCUUACCAAUGCAAGCGUGGUUAAGAAUAAGAUCCCAGUCCUGCUCUGCUGCAACAAGACAGAUAAAAUAACUGCACACACAAAAGAGUUCAUCCGCAAGCAGAUGGAGAAAGAAAUAGAGAAACUUAGGGUUUCGAGGAGUGCGGUUUCAACAGCUGACAUAGCCAAUGACUUUACUCUUGGGAUUGAAGGAGAAGUGUUUUCCUUUUCGCACUGCUUGAACAAAGUCACUGUCGCUGAAGCAUCUGGACUAACAGGAGAAACAGAGCAAGUGCAAGAGUUCAUCAGAGAAUAUGUUAAGCCAUGAAGAGCUGAAAUGAUGUGUGAGCAUUAAGCAUACACUUAAGUCUUUUAUGUACAUGAAUUUAUGAUUUGUGAUAAUAUUGUUGGAGGAUUUUGGAUAUUGAAAUCGUGUUAGUGCCUUA